CGUUUCCAUCUUCAUGUGAUUAUGGCUGCCUCCCGAAAAGUUCGCCCGUCAACCGGUUGAAUUCUGUGUUUUAUUUUUAGCAUCAAAAUAUCCCCCAAACGGUAGCCAACUAGCAUUUUAACUGUCUCAGGACUCGGUGGCGCGCCAUAGACACAUUUUCAUCGGAAAUUCCCAAGUGAAAAUCAGUUUUGCAGUGGCCCAGUUGCAGGCGAGCCAUUCGCUCGUAAAAACGUAGAAAGUAACGGCAGAGAAAAAGGCAAAGGCGUUUGCAGCGCGAAAAUGCUUCGAUUCAGUGUCGUGUGAAAAGGGCAGCGAAUCGAACCGAGCAGCUCGCUUGCGAGUCAGGCGCGCGCCUCGUGCGUAAGAGCCGCACGCAGUCAGGCGAUCUUAAUUCGUGUCAAAUGACAGUCACGGUGAUGGAGGAACCCAGUGGCCGAUCGCGAGAUGUCUACCGCCAGACGCAGGACGAUAUCGCAGACGAGGGCGAAGCCGAGCUGCUGCUGGGCAACCCGCACUACACCGACUCGCGCCACUCGGAAAACGGGCUGGUGGGCGAGAGCGGGCUCAACGACCCGCACAGCUCCGUCACUUGGCUCGACGACGAGGAGAUCGAGCGCCUCGACUUCUCCUCCACCGCCGACCCGGCCAACAUGUUCUUCAACCGCGUCAACAGCUCCGAGAUCAUCUACCAAGCGAAGAAAAAGGUCUGCAAAAUGGUCGGCAAGUAUGUGAUGGGCGACAUCCUGGGCGAAGGGUCGUACGGGAAGGUCAAGGAAGUGCUGGACUCGGAAACUCUUAACCGAAGGGCUGUGAAAAUUCUGACAAAGCGGAAACUCCGCCGGAUCCCCAACGGCGAGCAGAACGUUCGACGGGAAAUUCAGCUGCUGCGCAAGUUGAAGCACAAGAACGUGGUGGAGCUGCUCGACGUUCUCUGCAACGAAGAGAAACAGAAGAUGUAUCUGAUCAUGGAAUACUGCGUCGGUGGUCUGCAGGAGCUGCUGGACCAUGCGCCGCAGAAGAAGUUGCCACUAUUCCAGGCGCAUCGCUACUUCCGCCAACUAAUCAACGGACUAGAGUACCUGCACAGCUGUGGUGUCAUUCACAAGGACAUUAAACCGGGCAACCUCCUUCUGACGCUCGACCACACUCUCAAAAUUUCAGAUUUCGGCGUGGCCGAACAACUGGACGCGUUCGCCGUCGACGACACUUGCACAACGGGGCAGGGCUCGCCUGCCUUCCAGCCGCCCGAAAUUGCCAACGGACAUGAAAGUUUCUCAGGGUUUAAGGUGGACAUUUGGAGCAGCGGAGUGACAUUGUAUAAUAUAACGACGGGACUGUAUCCCUUCGAAGGUGACAAUAUUUAUAGGCUUUUGGAGAACAUAGGGAAGAGCCAAUGGCAAGCUCCUGAUUGGCUGUACGAACUGGACCAGACGCUCGCCGAGCUGAUUUUAGGGAUGCUGCAAUCAGAACCGAUGAGUCGACUGACGAUACAGCAGAUUCGACAUCAAUCAUGGUUCAUAAGCGCGCCUAAAGUAACUGGUCCACCGAUUCCUAUCCCACCGUUGAAACAUGAUGAACUUCGUUGUUCAACUGUACUGCCUUAUCUAGAAGCUUAUCAUUACGAGACAGAACGCGAGGACGUCUACUUUACCGAGCACGACUUGAAUCAGGAGCUUGCCCGCCAGGCGGCAACGCACGCGGCCCAAUUGAGAAACUCAUCAUCAUCUACAUCGGUGCCAAACACCAAGAAAAAGCGCAACAGUUCAAGUAAGCGACGGUCUCGAAAAUCAGUAUCUUGCAUAUCGGUUAGGAAGCUAACAAGUUGUCGUCCAUCGUGAAAUUUCCGUUUCACCUCUCCGAUAACUCGUGAGAGGUUGCCAUUUCUUUUGAUUCUAAUUAUACUUUUUUCAAUUAUCGGUUUCACUUAUUUUCAUCCAUUUUCUAAUCCGCGUUAAAUUCAAUUUUUGUUACUGAUUUUACAUAAUGAAUUUGUAAAGAAAUAUACACAAAUGCAUUCUCAACAGAAAAGAAAAGAACUUGAAAGAAGAGAAACAAAACAAACAAACAAUUUAGAAAUGAAAAACAAAAACUUGUCCGCCAAUAUUUGCUUCACAAAACACAUCAAUUAGACUUCCGGAUCGGUCUUUGAAUGAAUCUAGAAAUAUGUCCUGCGGGACUGGAUAAAUACGUUUUCAUGUUUUCAUCUUUGUAAUGAAAUGAUCAGGAUUGUCACGAAAGUGUUAGUUAGAAUAGAACGAUGAAAGGAAUUGAACUGAAAAAAGUAUUAUCGUAACUGGAACAAUGUCAAGUAAACUUGUCUGCGGGUCAGACAUUCCACUUUGUAUUUUGCCUUGCUGCGAAACAGUAACUAGAAAGAAAACGACCGGCGGCAAAAAUGUUUUGAUUAAUGAA